CAUUUGUGAUAGAGAGGGCUGGCUGGACGAAUGGAUAGAUGGAUGGAGGGAUGGAGGGAGGAGGAGGGGUGUAGUGGUGUAAGAGUGAGUACACAGAACUGCACACACUCUACAAGCUUUAGCUUCGAGAUGCUCCACAAGGUGAUCCAGGCGGCCCGUGAGGGUGAUGUGGAGGCCCUGAGGGCCCUGCAGGAGUCCGGAUGUCUGACGGCAGGCAUCGCUGACCCUCAGGGGGCAACGCCGGUUCAUCACGCGGCACGCGCGGGGCAGAUGGAGUGUCUGAGCUUUCUUGUGAGAGACGCAAACUUUAGCGGAAAUGCACGUGCCAGGAACAGAGCCACGGCCGCCCACGACGCUGCUGCCACUGGGCACGUGCACGAACUGCAAUGGCUUCUGGGAAACACAGAGUGCAGCCUGGAGGAUCAGGAUGGUGAAGGAGCUACAGCUCUGCAUUUAGCAGCUCGGUUUGGUCGUGCUGAGGCUCUGCAGUGGCUCCUGACUGCAGGGAGCAGCACUGAGCUCCAGACCCACUGUGGGGCUCUGCCUGUCCACUACGCUGCUGCAAGCGGGGACCUGACCUGUCUUAAACUGCUUGUGACCCAUUCACCACAGUGUGUGGACUAUCAGAUGCACACCGGUGCCACGCCCCUUUACUUGGCCUGUCAGGAGGGGCAUCUGCACAUUGUGGAGUUUCUAGUGAAGGAUUGUGGUGCGAACGUCCAUUUGCAAGCCCGUGAUGGGAUGAGUGCCCUCCAUGCUGCCGCUCAAAUGGGCCACCACGCUCUGGUGGUCUGGCUGGCAUCAUUUACUGAUGUGGACUUGUCGUGUCAGGACGUGAAUGGAGCCACAGCUCUGCACUUCGCUGCUAGCCAGGGGCACCAUCGCAUCCUGGAGCGUCUGCUCCUCAUGGAUGCCAAAAUCCUGAGAGACCACUGGGGCGGGACCCCACUCCACGACGCCGCAGAGAACGGAGAACUUCAGUGCUGUAGAAUUCUGAUGGAACACGGCGUCAGUACCCUGGACAGGGACGUGGAGGGUUUCAGUGCAGUGGAACUGGCAGAAUAUAAUGGCCACCGGGAGUGUGCAGCUCUCCUCCAAACAGCUCAGUUUUAUGAAUCAGACGACCGUCCUCUUCGUCCGGAAAUCAUCCUGAUAGAAGAGGAAAGGACACCGUUUGGGACAGGAGGUCAUCACCUUAACAUUACUGAGCAGCCUGGCAAUCAGAGUCGUAACGCUGCUAUGGAGGACAGCAAAGAGGUUCCUCCUCAGCCUCGUAUUAGGCCAUCCAGCCCAGAAUCUUCAUCCGUCUAUUCCACUAAACCUGGAGUCAGCUCCAUUCACCAGGUCCAAGUGGCAUCAGCAGUUGUAUCAGCUAUGAGAAAGGGCCCGGAAGAAAGCGAGGCACCGGCACUUCAGGUAAAAUCUGUAAGAUCCUGGAGACAUGCGGGAAUAACAGCAGUCUUUGCUGGACACGUGAAAUCUGAAAAUGGAAUAGUUGAACUUCCAGCAGAAGAGAUGAAUCUCGCUGAUAUAGAUUCUCUGGUUCCUACACAUGAUGAACACGGGAAGCCUAUUGCAGAGUGGAAGAGGCAAGUGAUGGUUCAUAAGCUUCAAGCAAGGCUUCAGGAUGAUGAAGACCAGUGGAAAAAGGAUGACAAAGAUAUGGAUGGCUGGAGAUUCUCCAAGUUUCACAACGCUAUUUUGGGCCCCUUUGGUGAGCUGCUGACGGAGGAUGAUGUGGUGUACUUGGAGGGACAGAUUGAGACAGUUUCUCUGCAGAAAAAGUGUCAGGCCUACGAGCUGGAGUUAAAACGUCUGGCUGAGCAGCUCCAAACUCUCCUUCCUGCUCCCAUUGUUAACAUCACUGUCAACACUCAGUUCCAGCAGAAGCCAGAGGUGGUGGACACACUUGCACUUCCAGUCUGGUGCAACCGCAUCUCUGGCAUUGUGAAGAGCAUGUCCUUGCUCCUGAGCAACCUUUCAGACAAAAGCACAGAUGAUGGUAUCUCCAAAAUACCCAACAAAGAACUGGCAUCAGUGUUCUCAAGUCAUACAGAAAGGCAUACUGACAAGCGAGAGAAGGUGGAAAUGGAGAUCCAGCUGUCAGGGGUUUCUGUGAGGAAUCUAAGGUCCACUUUUGAAGGUCAGAUUGGGAACAUCUAUCCAUUUUCAGGGGUGUUAAACAACAAGCCAAGUUUAAAUCUCAAACAGCAAAAUGUGUCCAACUCCUCACAAAAAGGGGUUGUCCUCGAUCAAGAUGUUAAUCUGGUUAAUGACAUCAGCUUAAAUGGAAAACAUACCACCAGCGAGGAACCAACUAAGGUUCAGGAGACUACCAGCUUGCGCAAAGAACGAAUUGUGGUCUUGUUUUUGGGCCACUGGAAAAAGUCUGCCUAUGCAAUCUCAAUGAGGGCGAAAAUUAAACAAGACAUAGACACAACGAGGACUGCUGAGACGUACAUCAAAGAUCACAGUGUCCUGACUCCAGUGUCUCAGUCGACUGGUGGCUCCCUGUAUCAGCUUUACCGGCAAAGGACAACUAUAGACAAAAUGAUUCGCAACUGGAGGGCCAUCAAUUCAGGGGUUCCCUCACGCCAGAUCCGAAAUCUCCGAAGAAAGACGAUCAUUUAUUCCCCCGAGCACUUCCUCCCUCGAGUAAAUGGUGCACCUGUGCCUUAUGAAAGCUUGACCCUUGACUUGUUCAUGUUAGGCUACUUUCACAUCCUAGAGCAGGACCUGCCCCCUGAUGAGCGCAAAAUGAGACACCUGCUCUGCUUUGAGGUAUUUGACCACGUAGGGGAUUUUCCAUGGGAGAUAGUUCGAGAUUUCCAUCGAGCUGUCCUGCGAGACAUAGAGGACGGGAAACGGCAAUGGAAAGAUGGCUUCACGGAUAUCAAGACUCGGUUCUUCAGGACAAAAACAAAGGUCCCAGCCAGAAGGUCUUUAAAGGACUCUGAUGUUAGGACAGUUCCAAGAGUCAUGGUUGAGGAUGUCGUGCAUGACAAGGGAGGCCACGGGGCAGACGAGAGCACAGACUUGUCAUGCUUUACUAACGAUGAGAUCUGUAAAUAUGUCGACCGUAGUUUCGUUUUCUGGAAGGAGAAAGAAGCCGAGUUGUUUGACUUUGAACGUUAGUGCUAUUGUGGAUUGUGUGAGUCUGAGACGAAUGUUUCUCAUUAAUAACAACCCUCACUGUCCACUUUAAUAGGAACGCCCACUUAUUUAUGCAGUUAUCCAGUCAGUCAGUCCUAUGGCAGCAGCACAAUGCAUACAAUAAUGUGCAAGUUUACAUCAAACUUCAGAGUGAAGGAAAAGUAUGAGCUGCCCAGAUGGUCUAGCUUAAACUGAUUAUCUCCUGGUCUUUCUGCAGUCUUUUCCUCCCCAGUUUGGGGGAGUCUGUGUCCAUGAUAUCCUUAGAUUCCUGUUCUUGGCUAAGAAAUAUGUUAACUGAUGUGGUUUUCUGCUCUUUUAGAUCAUUCAUCUCAAAAUUUGAUGUUUUGUGCAUUCUUGGAUGCUUUUCUACUCUCCAAGAUCGUAAAGAUUAAAUCAUUUUAGGAGUUAUUUUAGACUUCAUGUCACCUCAGACCAGUCUUUUCAAUCUCCUUUGAACUCUCUCCUCAACAAGGUAUUUAGGCUUGCAUAUCCUCCACUUCCUGUAUAUUUUUAGUUUGUUUUUUUUGCAGCUGUAGUGUCUUCAGUAUAAAUCACCAUAGUAUUAAUGGGAAGUGGUAGCAGUGGAUAAGAUGUUGGACCUCUAAUAGGGAGGUCAUGGGUUCAAAUCCCAGUAGCACUGAGCUGCUACACUUCAGCAACUCCCUUAACCCUCACUGACACUAACCCUAACUGAGACAACUGUAAGUCACUGUGGUUAAAGGUGUCUACAAAAUGGCAUAAAUAUAAAUGACUCAACGCUUGUACCGUAUUUUUCGGACUAUAAGCUGC